AUGGACGUCCCGACUACUGCUCCUGCCGCCGUGUCUGUCGACAGUCUGUCGGUGAAUGACCUGCCUUGCAGCAAAACAAUAAAAACUUGCUAUCAUCCUUCCUUUGGUCUCCCUGACAGGGUUGAAUCUUUCGAGAGCUACAUCCGUCCACCACCGGUGCCUACUCCAUCUCGGCAGCUCCGGUCUGGGUCUAAUAGUACUCCGGAGUUUCAGCAGCUUCCCCCUCGCAAGCCAGAGUCUCCCUUCUUGUCUCUUGUCGACUUCGACUUCGCCGAAUUUGCUGCCCAAGCAGGCCUGAAUAAUAACAAGACCAAUCGUCUCCUGGACAUCAUCCAUCGCAUUGUCGCCAACCCCUCUGACUUCCACUUCACUAAAGCAAGUGAUAUCUCGGAUACUUGGACUCGUGCAGCUACAGAACACAAUGUUGAGAAGUACAAAGCUGUGGCUGAUGAGCGACCUGAAGAGAUGUCUUGGAAAUUUGAACACCGAUCUCUCUGGGAUUGGGCCAUUGGACUUGUAACCGACCCGCAUUUGGCUCGACACUUCGUCUGGGAGCCUCGAAGGAUGUUCCGGCGAGCUGCCGGCGCGCACACAUGGGAACGCUUCAUCGAUGAACCGUAUACCGCGGACCGUAUGUGGGCCAUUCAGGACCAACUUGGACAGAAAGGGUGGCUCCUAGCCUUCCAGCUGUAUGCUGACAAGACCCGCUUGUCGUCAUUUGGAACCAGAAAAGGUUAUCCAAUUAUCGCACGACUCGCCAACCUCCCCUCUCAUAUCCGAAAUGGCGAAGGGUAUGGUGGAGGGCAAGUUGUGGGAUUUCUCCCUAUUGUUGAGGAUGAUGUCGAAGAGGGACGUCUAGGAUUCACAGCUCUGAAAAGAAUUGUCUGGCACAAGUCCUUCCACAUUCUGCUGGAGACAUUCAUAAAACACGCUAAACUCGGAUAUCCAGUCGAGUGUGGGGAUGGGUUGCUGCGGGUGCUAUGGGCAAUUAUUUUGAUUCUCACAGCAGACUAUGAAGAGCAGUGUGUGAUGUCUCUCAUCCGUGGUGUCAAGGGUGCUUGUCCGUGCCCAAUCUGUCUAGUUCCAUCCAAAGAGCAAGUUACUUUGGGAACCACUACACUCCAUCCCCUACGUACAGCAUCAGAAUCAAGUUCAAUUGUGCUCAGCAAUCGCAGCAAGCAAGAGAAGGAGGAUGCAUGCAAAGCGAUUGGUCUUCGGCCUCUGACUAAUGUUUUUUGGGAUGUUCCUUUCUCUGAUCCGCAUCAAACACUUUCCUGGGACCGACUACAUGCCUAUCACGGUGGCUUGUUCAGUGACCAUCUCUUUGCUGAGUUCCAGAAAGUGAUGGAGGCACGGCCAUCCUAUCAGAGGCUGGAUGUCAAUGAAGCGUUUGACAAAGUUCCACGGUGGUCAAAUCUCAAUCACUUCAGUGAGGUUACAUCUGUCAAUUUCACUGAUGGGUCAAAGUAUGAAGAUAUCUCAAAGAUCUUGGUUCCAGCAGCAUACACACUAUUCCAAGCUAGAGCAUUUCAGAACAGCCGCGAAUACAUUCUCAUGAAAUGCAUCCGACUCUACAAUAUCCUGGAUAUUUAUUCAGGCUUUGAAUGUCAUACUCUCACCACUGUGGAUUGUUUCUCAGGCAACCCUACCUCUUUUCUCAGAUGCUAUCAAAUCCACCCAGACAAGAAUUGGAACUUUCCCAAAAUGCACACACAACAGCACGCACCUGAUGAUAUUCUGCAGAAAGGUGUCACUCUGAACACCACCAGCAAGCCCUUUGAGAAGUCACAUGGUGUGCUCAAGGAUAUUUUUGAACAGCGCACAAACUUCAAGAAUGUGGAGGAACAGAUAGCUCGGUAUGAGCAGCAGCUCUCUAUUGCAAAACAAAUCAGGUUCAAGCUUCAGGCUCUACAAGGCCUUGAAAAUCUACCGCAGGGGCCUCCAGCUCCUAAUACCAGUGAUUUUCAAUUUAGUCAUGUCUACCUUGGUUCAAGAUCGGCAGCCACACCUCUUGCAACUAUCAUAGCUGUGAAUAACAUGCCUUUACACUUCCAUUCAAAGCUCCAAGACUUCCUUGAAGCACAGUCUGCCACUCAGGGCUUUUUUUUGGAUACAUCCCAUCCUGUGAGCCUCAACUUUCACAUCUUGUUGGCUGGUUGGGUAACUGAAUGUGCACAGAUUAUCAUGUCACGGUACUUGAAGGUCUCAUAUCGCUCACAAGUCACUUGGAAAUCCGAGACAGAUUAUUUGCGAUGCUCUGAACAGUUCCACAACGUCCCACGAUAUGAUUAUAUCAUAUAUCAGCUCUCCUCUGGCCACCUUGCAUUCGCAAAAAUGCGCUUGGUGUUUGCUAUCAGCAUUGCAGACACCCUUUACCCCAUCAUCUAUGCAGAACGACUCAACUUUCCACCUGGACCACGAACCAAGAUUGACAAAGAGCUCGGGCUUCAUCGACUCACAGAUUCAACACCACCACAAGACCUGUUCAUCUCCGCGCUAUCCGUGGUUCGAGGUGCAUUGGUAAUGGAUGAUCCGGGUCAUGGUGGACUUGACAGACUAGUGGUGGACAUGGUUGAUGCAGAUAUGUUCCUCAGGCUCAAAAGUGGAGUUCCAGAAUGGGCUGAAUAG